AUGGCUAGUGAAACUCGACUCUUCAGCGACCGACAGCGAUUCCUUGACGUUAAUCAAGAGCCGAACAAAUUAGCGCUCCCAUUGUAUAUUCCAGUUACUGAAAGCGACGCUGGACAACUUCGCCUAAUCGAUUGCGUAAAACCCAUCGAAAAAUUAGGUGUAAUUCCUAACUUGUUAAAUGAAGUGACCCGAUCACUGAACAGUUGUCAACAUCCGAAGGAUGGUCUAACACCAGACGAGUCUGCUGCUUUAUAUCUCUAUUCGCUCCCGGGUGCAUUUUACACAACAUUUAACGCCGCACUACGAAAUGAAGAUCGUACUAAAUCACUGCCAUUUCAAAAUUAUUAUAAACUAUUUAUGUUAGCGCUAAAGAAACUUCCAUCUAUCCAAGACACAAUAUGGCGAGGCGUGACCGCCGAUCUCAGUGAUCAAUACUCUCCGGGAAGUAUUCAUGUUUGGCAUGCAGCUAGCUCAUGCACGGAUCAAAUUCACGUGACCGAUACUUUUCUUGAUAAAACAAAACAUCGUACGUUGUUUAGUAUCAAAUGUUGCAACGGAAAAUCUAUAAAGAAUCAUUCAUGCUUCCCGAAAGAAAGCGAAACAAUUCUCCCACCAGGCACAUUCAUACGAGUUAAGGGACGAUCCAAUCCAGCAGAAAACCUAUUCAUUGUGAUCUGUGAAGAAACAACUCUUACACCCGAAGAAAUGAAUGCUCUCGCAGAAAAAGGUAUUACUGCCGCUUUGCCAGGCAGCAUGCCAGGUGUAGCACCCAAGCGGCUUCUGGUUUGGUUUCACCCGAGUAUAGGAAAGUCGAAAGAUAAUAUCAAAAUUCAAGAGAAACUAAGACCAUUGUUUCCAGAUGGUUUUCAAACAUUUCAAUCAUCCGAAGAAUGUGAAUUGUUUAUAAAACAAAAGACAAAUGAUCGAAUAAUCUUCAUUGUUGGCGGACAAGUUGGACAACACUUUGUACCCAUUAUCCAUAGUCUAGAUCAAGUGGUCAGUAUCUUAGUGUACUGUAUGGAUAAAGAAGGGCAUGAAAAAUGGGCAAAAAAUUUUACAAAGAUCAAACGAGUCAUUACGCAGCCAAAGGAACUCAUCAAUGAAGUCGAGCAAUGGAAGCUACAACAAGAGCUGUUAAUUAUCAAUCAAGAUGAAUCAACUCCGACGAUAUCUACGCCGAUCAGUGGUUAUGAAUUAGUUCCCCUGCAACCUUUGGAAGUUGCUUUACAGCCAGUUGAAAGCCUUAUUGAACAUCUUGAUAAAUAUAUAUAUAUUAGCAAACACCACAGUAAAAGUUUUAGCCAUGAAUUGACACAUGACGAAGCAGCCUCUAUAACGAUGUAUACAAUGGAGAUGGACGGAAAUUCUCUCUAUCGAGUUUUGAACAAAGCACUACGGUCAGAAAACAGAGAUCAUACCAAACCAUGGUUUCCGUAUUUGAAAUUAUUCAUAACGGCAUUGAAUAAAUUACCAUCAUACCAAGGAUUAGUUUGGCGUGGAAUACAGAUGGACAUUUCAGAUGCUUAUCAGAAAGGCACAAGAGGUGUUUGGUGGGGAAUAACAAGUGCGACGAAAGAUGGGUCAAUCCUAGAGAAUUUCAUAUCUCAUUCGUCGGCACGUGUUCUAUUUUCAAUCGAAUGUAAAAAUGGGAAAUAUAUCAGCAAGUUCAGUAGCUAUGGUUACGACAAUGAAGUGAUACUCAUGCCAGGAUUUUGUUAUGAAGUCACCAGUGUAAUGAAACCUGCGGAUAAAAUGCAUAUUAUCAGCCUAAAGGAAGUAGAUCCAUUUUGGUAA